AUGCAAGCAACAACUACCCAAACCCACGAACAAUUAAUUCUGCCCGAAGUAAACCAGCCCGCGCGGUUAUUUCAAUGCUCCACAUGCAAGCGCUCUUUCACAAGGGCGGAUCACCUCACGAGACACGUGAGAGCGCACACGAAGUCCAAGCCUUACAUUUGUCCAGUCUGCUCCAAAGGCUUUGCGCGCAUAGACCUCCUCAAGAGGCAUGUGACAAACCACAGGUCGGAGUCUGCUAGCAAGCGGCAGAAGCGAGAAAUUGCAAGAGACACCAGAGUAGUACAAGCCUGCGAGGCUUGUUCACAAAGUCACCUUCGAUGUGAGGAUGAAAAACCAUGUAGUCGAUGCAAGAAGAAAGAUAUCCCUUGCCGAGUACCCGAAGCCUCGACCACAGGAGAAGAUGAAACACAUGAGAUAGAUGCUGUUCAUGCAGCACAUGAUCUUCUAGAUCUCUCAAACGGCUUUGAUCACCCGUCGUCAGCACCUGGCCAGGACGAUAGUUCUGAGCAGUCUGCCAUGGUAAGUAUGAGAAGUAUUGGAGGCUCACAGCAAUUCGAGGAUCCUCAAUCUUUGACAAUGGCGGAUACAGCCAGCAUGAUGCAUCAUGAUAUUCAUUCGCACAGUCGCAAAAGGUCUAUGCUCCAAGCAGGCGAGAUGCAACCCCCGAUAAAUAUGCUUCAGUCAUACAACGAAGAUUCGACGAAUUCUUUGGCCUUUUUCAGCCAAUCCAUCCCACAAUUUGAUCAAACGACUGGAAACAACCCUGGUUUACCAGACAGCUUUCGUAAUCCUCCUCCCUUCGAAUUGUUCAUGUCUGGUCAAGCCCCUCCGCGUGGAAUUAUGGACCUUAGUUUCGACCUGGACACUGGACUGACUGAAGUCGACGUUGGACUUCUGGAUCAGUACAAUUUGCAAGUGCCAUUUGCAGCUGGCACUCCAUCGACCGAAGCCCUGGGCCCUGAGAUACAGCUUUCUGACAACGGCAGUGUCCCCGUAGGCACAGAAGCUUUCAAACAAAGUAUCUGGCGAUAUCUUCCACAGCCAAACAAAGAUUUUAGUAGUGCAGAGCAAGUGGAUCUUGCCUUUGCAGAUGAAAGAGAUGGCAACUAUCGCUCGAACAUUACGCAACGCCGUGUAAUUGUAGAGAAACUAAAUCGCGCGAGCCGCGACCGACUAUUAGCCCUUGUAAUUGGUACAUGUAGCCCAGAAAACGUGAGACGGAUCGCGUCUGCUUUCCCAAGUGUUGAGCUACUAGACGGCCUGAUCCAAUACUUUUUGACUUCACCCUCCUUGGAUGCACAGACAUGGUUACAUCUGCCAACUUUCUCGCCGUCAAGAAUAAGUCCGGAACUCUUAGCAUGUAUAGUGUCAGCGGGAGCGGCCAUGACCCCGGAUAUACCUCUGCGGAAGCUUGGCUUCGCCCUGCAUGAGGCAUCUCGAGUUAGUCAAGGCAGGGCUUUUGAUGAAGAUCAUACAGCCAUCAGAGAUCUGCAACAUGUCCGAAACCUCUUCCUCCAACUCAAGAUUGGCAUGUGGAGUGGCAUCAGUCGUAAGAUGGAGAUUGCAGAAAGCUUCCUCCAACCCUUGAUGACCAUGCUGAGACGUGGCGGUCGUUUCCGCAAUUCCACCUGGAAGGAAAUCGCACCCUCGCCAGAUGCACAGGGCCAAGCACUGGAGACUAAAUGGCUAUCCUGGGUACACCAAGAAUCCUAUCUCCGCUUGGUAUAUCGUACAUUCGAGCUCGACAGACAAUCUUCCAUGGCUUUACUCAAACCGCCGCUAAUGACUUAUUCGGAAAUGCAACUCCCCUUACCAAGUCCCAACAUUCUCUGGCAAGCCAAGUCUGCUGCUUCCUGGAAAGCAGCCUACCUGGAAACGAUACAAGCCAGUCCCAAACGUCCUUCGGCAAUCGAAUGCGUCCUAAAUCUGGACCUCAUACAUCACGAUCACGCCAGCACAACAUACCUCUACAUGAUGUGGGGCAUGGUCUGGGAAUACCGCCAAAUGGCCAGCCUCACCAAAUGCCCCCACAAAGCAGCAAACAACAGCCUCAUCCUCUCCUCGCGCUACCAAGAGCUCACCAAGCAACUCGAGGACUUCCGCCUCAGCAGCCCCCCACUCACCCCAAGCUCCGAACUCACCCUCGAACUCACCCUCGUCCAUCUCAACGCCCCUCUCGACAACAUCCAGCUCUUCGCCGGCAUCGAGGGCCAGGAAGAAGCCCGCGCCGUCUACCCCGGACUCCGAGACUGGACAGACAGCGUAUCCGCGCGCCAGGCGCUGUGGCAUGCGGGCCAAGUCUUGCGUGCUGCCGAGGGCCUACCCAAGCCGCUCUUGUCCAACUUCAACGCCAUCACCGUCUAUCACGCCGGCCUGAUACUAUGGGCCUACGGCUACUUGAAGCAAUCGAGCGCAGCAUCAAGUCCGGUUGACAAUCUGCAGAUCAAUGCGAUACUCAACGGAGACGACGUGCUCAACGCACGGCGAUUCAUCACGCUGGAUCGUGGGAUCCCCUCGAUCCGCAGUCUGCGCUCACAGACCAUUGUGCCGUUGGACAAUCUGGCCGGCGUCAUGGAUGAGUUGAUUCACCUGCUCAGGGGCCAGUAUGAUGCGGUCGAGGCGUGUCCGCCGCUCGUGGGGAAUCUUGUGCUGCUGCUCGAGGGACUGCGGUCUGCAUCUUGUAGGUAG